UGAUGAUUCAGCUAAAAGCUAUACCAAUCUCCUUAAUAGCAUACACUACAGAGGACUGACUGCCCUCUUCUCCAGGGUCGUCUACGUUCUUCUGAGUCUUCUCGUCAGCAGCCUGCAUCUCUCUCUCUCUGGCCCUGUGGUAUACUGAAUACUUACUAGCUAUGAGGGAAAGUAUGAGACUAUUUACUGGGGAUAGUAGUAGGAGCAAAAUUGUACGAAGAGAUUCAAGGUUAUGGAGAAUGGUGCAAGAGAGGAGAGCAUCACAGGUUGUGAAGUAUCGAGCUUGUGAAGGAGAAUAUUUUUCUUCUGAUUUUAUUUUUCAGAUUCUUGUUCUACUUCCAAUUAAAUCGCUUGUCAGGUUAAGUCUUGUGUGUAAGACAUGGUUCAAUUUAAUCAACAGCUCUGCUUUUGCUGAUGCUCACCUGCAGUUCUGUGAGACUAGCCUUAUCUGUUUUACCCCAAAAUCCCAGUUUCCCAACCCACAUACCCUCUCUAUUGAUUUGAGGCUUGGUUUAGAGCAGUUCUCUAUCUUUCCCACUGAUUCAUCUAGACAUUAUCAGCCAGGCCACUUGCGGUUUCUAGAGUUUCUUGAUUCCAAGAUCAAUGUUGUUGAGUUGAAUAUUACCUGCUCUGGCCAUAUUCUUGCUACAUGUGAUGGCCUUGUUUUGGUUCAAUUGGGUAAGAACAGAGGCAUAGUAGUCAUGAAUCCUAUGACAAGGAAGCUUGUUCGAUAUCCUCUUGGUACUAUUCCUCCAAUUUCUAAACAUCUAGAGUCUUAUGGAUUUAUGUUUAGCAAUCGUGAAGGAAGAUACAAAGUUGUGCAUUUGUUUAUUGAUAAGAGUUUACAUGUUGGCUGUGAGAUAUUGAGCGUUGGUACAAAUUCAUGGAGAGGAGUGGAUGGUCCAUCUUUUGGACUUCUGAGAAAGUUCGCCCAAGAAUCAGUUUCAGCAAUUGGGGCUUUGCAUUGGGUUCCUGACAUCCAUAAUUGUGAAUACAUUGUGUCUAUGGAUAUUGACAGGGAAACAUUUUUCUCAAUCCCACUUCCAAGUGCAUAUAAAAGGGGUGAUAGGCUUGUAGAGUUAUGGGGUUUUUUAGGAUUGGUCGCUCAUAAUGCUCAACCAUUUGUGAUUGACAUAUGGAUCUACAAAGGUCUGGAUGGAGAGGCUUGGAGCAAGCAACAUACCAUACUUAUAGACUUUGUGACCGAUGAUUUAGUUCCGGUGACUGCUUUAAAGUGUGCCAGAGAAAUCUGCUUUGCGAGCAGAGGAGAUGCAUGUUAUUAUAUUUAUGAUCCUGAACAUCAGGAAAUGAGAAGGAUUGAGAUGGAAAAGAAACCUGGGUGGCAUUAUGGCUCUUACUUGCCUUUUGUGAAUAGCCUUGUUUCCUGGGAAAAUCCCAGGGAUUUGCUGUAAGAGGUGACUUGUUUUUUUUGAUUGAAGUUAGAAUAAGGGUUGAAUAAGCUUUUGUUUAUAAUCUAUUGUGCCUAGGAAAUUUUUGGAAGAAAUAGAGGUAUCCUAUUUGAAUUCCUAGAUAAGAUUCUUCUAUUGAACUACUACCCUAAUAGGUUUUUAUAGUUCUGAAAUAUAAAUUGUUAUAAGAAGGGAAAUUUUGGCUU